AUGAUCAACGACCUCACGCAGUCAUCCGCAUCGAACAUUGAUGAGGCCAUGGAGCUGGUAAACUUCGGGACAAGGAUGCGCAGCAUCGCCUCCACCUCGAUGAACCACCGCUCCAGCCGCGCGCACACGGUCUUCACCUUCCGCUUCGAACAGACGGGCAAGGAUGGUGAAACGCAGAUGGCCCAAGUGCAGCUCGUGGAUCUGGCGGGUCGGGAGCAGGAGAAGAGCAGUGUGGACAACAAAGACCGCUUGCGCGAGCGGCAAUUUAUCAACACAUCGCUCUUUCACCUCUCCACCUGCAUCAUCAACCUCUCGCGUGCCUCCAAGGGCCGCAAAGUGACGCCCACCGACUUCGCCUUUCGGAACAGCCGCCUGACGCUGCUUUUGGCCAACUCGCUCAGCGGAAACUCGCGCACCGGGAUGGUGGCGGCCUUAAGCCCAGCCAGCUCCGACUUGGACGAGACGCUGA